UCAAUAAUUCAUUAAUUCCUAAAAACAGUAAUAACUAUAAAGCAUUAAAAAUUCCAGAAGAUAAGCUUGAUGCAUUAUCUUCAGAAUUAGUUACUCCAAAUAGCAACAUUAAUUUUUAUCAUUGUAUGUCACCACCACAAUCUAUGACUGCUAAUGAAUUUCAAAGUGAAUAUUUUCAGAAUAUACCAGAUACAAAAAGUUCCUUCAGCACCACUUCAGUUUCAUCCUCAUCCAAUCAUUCACAAUUACGUGAUUCCUGGCCCACA